AGUCGCCGUGUGUUUGUGUUGUUGGAUAUAGACGAAGAUGGCGGACGAGUUAGACAUCAGUGAACUAGACAGAGUACGGAUUUCUGCUGCGGAGCUUCGAGUUGAAGCGUCGAGUUUCGUCAACCACGGCGAUGUUCACAGAGAGGAGCAAGGAGAGGAGGGGCAUGGCGAAUGCCAGCAGCAGAGUAACCACGGCAACGACGCAUCAAAAAAAAACGAUCUGCAAUGCUACACGUCCGAGGCCAUCCAUGGCAACCGUCACCAUGACAGCAAGGAAGGCGAAGUGUUGACCUCCCCUCGUCACCCUGUAACCAUGACCUCUGACCCUGAGGAGGAGCUGGUGAUGUCACCACCGCCACAGAAGGAGGAAGAAGGACACAAGAUGGCCGCCACUGAAAUGGUUUCAACUGAACCUGGAUGUACAGAUGGGGAGAUGGGGACAGAAGGAGAAGAUACAUAUGGAGGAGGGGGUAGUCAUGGUGGGGGAGGUUUUACUUUUAACCACGAAGGCUCUCGAGCAUCUGCACAACAGAGGACUCAAAGAGGUGACCACCACACCAAUAGAGUCGACAACAACAACAGUAGCAGUGCAGGCGGGCCAUCGUGCUCAGGCAACAGACCACAGAGCUCCAUACAGAGGGAUGGAGGGAGAGAGAAGGACCAGAGAGAUGGAGGGAGAGAGAAGGACCGGAGAGAUGGCGGGAGAGAGAAGGACCAGAGAGAUGGCGGGAGAGAGAAGGACCAGAGAGAUGGCGGGAGAGAGAAGGACCAGAGAGAUGGUGGGAGAGAGAAAGACCAGAGAGAUGGCGGGAGAGAGAAGAACCAGAGAGAUGGCGGGAGAGAGAACGACCAGAGAGAUGGAGGGAGUGAGAAGGACCAGAGAGAUGGAGGGAGAGAAAAGGACCAGAGAGAUGGAGGGAUAGAGAACGACCAGAGAGAUGGAGGGAGAGAGAAGGACCAGAGAGAUGGAGGGAGAGAUAAGGACCAGAGAGAUGGAGGGAGAGAGAAGGACCAGAGAGAUGGAGGGAGAGAGAAGGACCAGAGAGAUGGAGGGAGAGAGAAGGACCAGAGAGAUGGAGGGAGAGAGAAGGACCAGAGAGAUGGAGGGAGAGAGAAGGACCAGAGAGAUGGAGGGAGAGAGAAGGACCAGAGAGAUGGAGGGAGAGAGAAGGACCAGAGAGAUGGAGGGAGAGAGAAGGACCAGAGAGAUGGAGGGAGAGAGAACGACCAGAGAGAUGGAGGGAGAGAGAAGGACCACAGUGGGAGAGACCCAGACCUCCCGGAGCCAGCAGGGGGUUCCCCUGGCUCUGCCAAGCCCACCAGGAAGACUCGUAAACCGGACCGGGAGAUCUAUCAGCCGGGGGGCCGAAGGAGCACCACCAGCACCCAGGGGAAGGAAGUGGGAAGAGAGACAAAGAAACCGAAUAUCCCUUGUCCUGGGUCUGGUUCUGUUAGAGAGGAGGCUGUAGUCAAGAGAGAGCCAGCCCCACAAAAAGAGAAUGGAGGGGAAGAGAAGGGGAAUGGUGGCACGUGUGAGGAGAAGGAGAGAAGGCAGGGGAGCAAAGCGGCAACAGCAGUCUCAGACCCUGUAUCAGAGAACCUGACUGGGAAGAUGGAGAAACUCAGUGUGACUGUCCCAGCCAGGAGAGAGGAGGAGGAUGAGAGAGGAGGAGGAGAGAAAGGAGAGGGUCAGGAAGUAGACAGGAGGAAGAAGGCUAGCGUUGAGGGCAGGAGGAGCAGAGGAGUUGAGGGAGGAGGAGCAAAUGUAGGUGAGAAGAAGAGAGAGAGGGGAAACCGCAGGAACAGAGGAGGAGGAGGGGAGAAGGGGGGCAAUCAGGACUCCAAGAGAAGAGGAAGAGAGGGAGGAGGGGGGAAGGGUGAGCGAGUGAUGAAAGAGAGAAAUAAGAGAGAGUCAGAGGGGGACAAGGAGGGGGAAGCAAACCGUCCUGCAGAUACACUGCCAACAGAAGGAAGAGAAAAACAGAGGGAUAAAGAGAUGGAAAGAGAGGAACCGAGGGACAGGGACAAGCAGAGAGGGAACAACAGACCCCGAGACAUAGACAGAGAAAGAGAGGAACCGAGGGAUAGGGAGAUGGAAAGAGAGGAACCGAGGGACAGGGACAAGCAGAGAGGGAACAACAGACCCCGAGACAUAGACAGAGAAAGGGAUGGAGAGAUGGAGAGAAACAGAGAGAGGCCAGCGGAGGGGAACGAGAGGAGCAGAGCCAACACUAGUCCUAACAACAACCACCACCACCCAUCAUCAUCCUCUAAGCGUUACUCCAAGUCAGACAUCAGAAGACCCAGGAACCGCACCUACAGCACCAGCUCUGCCAGCAGUGGCACCAGUCUGGACGGACCUGGACUGGGACAGGGAGGGGGUUUGGGGGAGGACAGGGCCCGACGAGACCGGUUGGGGCGCAAGGAGCGAGAGAGAGGGGAGGGAGGAGGAGGAGGUCAGCUCCAGAACAGGAGGAGAAGCACUAGAGACUCCUCUACUGACUCACUGGAAGAGAGCAAGGUGGGAGACUGGAUGGAUGAGAGGAGGAGGAGGAGGAGAGACGGAGGAGAGAAGGACUGGAGCCCGGAGAGGAGGAAGAGGGGGGAGGAGAGCAGAGGGACAGGAGGGAGAGGAGGGAGAGACGGAGGAGAGAAGGACUGGAGCCCGGAGAGGAGGAAGAGGGGGGAGGAGAGCAGAGGGACAGGAGGGAGAGGAGGGAGAGGGGGGAGGAGAGCAGAGGGACAGGAGGGAGAGGAGGAAGAGGGGGGAGGAGAGCAGAGGGACAGGAGGGAGAGGAGGAAGAGGGGGGAGGAGAGCAGAGGGACAGGAGGUCUCCUGAGAAUAUCGCACAGUGACAGACAGUCAGGCUCCUCCCAGGCUACCUCAGGCCCUGGCGAGGACCCCCAGGGGCGACGCAGACAGGGCACUGGGCCUCGCAGCAGGGGGAGGGGCAUCCUCAUCCUCCCCGCCCACACCAACCUCUCCAAUUUGCCGGCAGAGCCCGGGUCGAGGCUUCUGUUUGGUGGGAUCCGUGGAGGAAGAGAUGCGGGGCUAGGGAGAGGAGGAGGAAGGGGCGGAGGAACAAGGCGUCUCUGGGACCCGAACAACCCCGACCAGAAACCCGCCCUCGGGCUCUCCCAGCAUGCAUCGCUCCAGCAGCAGCCCAUGUACCUGCAGACAGGCGUUGGUUACGGAGCGCUGCACUUCUUGGAUACAGAUGACGAGGCUGCAGGGAGUCCCCCGGUCCGCCAGGGGGAGCACUUCCACCUCCAGCAGCAGGCUGCAGCCAUGGCCCAAGCCUUCUACAAGUACCAGAACUCUGACAACCCUUACCCUUACAACGCCAACCCUAACCCCAACACACGCUACCCCUACCCUUACCACACUAUGCCCGCCGGCCCUUACCAGAUCCUCCCCUCUAACGACAUGUACCACCCGGGUCAGUUCUACGGGGGAUACAGGGGCCAGGGGUACCCGGAUGGACCCGAGGCUGUAGCAGGGGGUGGAUCCGGAGCAGGUGUAACCCCUGAGGAGGCUGGGCAACAUGCCAGAGGAGAGCUGGGGAGACUGCUGAGAGCUGCAGACAGUCAGGAGUUACAGCUCACUAACCUGUUGUCUCGAGACAGACUCAGUGCUGAUGGACUAGACCGCAUGGCUCAGCUCAGAGCUGACCUGUUGACCCUAUACGAGCGUGUGAUCCUAACGGACAUAGAGUUCAGUGACAGCCAGAACCUGGACCAGGCUCUAUGGAAGAACGUGUUCUACCAGGUUAUAGAGCGCUUCAGACAGCUCCUCAAAGAUCCCAGUGGAGACUCAGCUCCGCGCAUCACCACCAUGCUACUGACACUGCUGGACGAGGGGGCAGUAUUCUUUGAUGCGCUGCUGCAGAAGCUUCAGAUGGUGUUUCAGUUUAAACUGGAGGAUUACAUGGACGGCAUGGCCAUCAGACCACGACCACUACGCAAAACGGUGAGGUAUGCUCUGAUCAGUGCCCAGCGGUGUUUGAUCUGUCAGGGGGACAUCGCCCGUUACCGGGAGCAGGCCAGCGACUCGGCUAACUACGGCAAGGCCCGCAGUUGGUACCUGAAGGCCCAGCAGAUUGCUCCUAAGAACGGACGACCCUACAACCAGCUGGCCCUGCUGGCUGUCUACACGAAGAGGAAGUUGGAUGCAGUGUAUUAUUACAUGCGUAGCCUGGCGGCAUCCAAUCCCAUCCUCACUGCCAAGGAGAGCCUCAUGAGUCUGUUUGAAGAGGCCAAACGCAAGGCAGACCAGAUGGGGCGGAGGCAGGAGUCAGAAGGGGGUUCCAGGGGCCCGGGGGUCCAGGGUGGAGGAAGAGGACGGGGGGAGCCGGGGGCCAGAGUAGAGAUCUGGCUUCGCCCUGUCGUCCAGGCAGGGGCUCUCUCAUCACACCGCGGGGGCAGCGAGUCCAGCAGAGACUCUGAACAGGACGGAGAGCUCGGCAACCUCAGCGCUAGUGAUCUCAAUAAGAGGUUCAUACUCAGCUUCCUCCACGCUCAUGGAAAACUCUUCACUAAAGUGGGCAUGGAGUCGUUCCCAGAGGUGGUCAGUCGUGUUCUCCAGGAGUUCAGAGUGCUGAUCCAACACAGCCCCUCCCCCCUGGGCAGCACACGCAUGUUACAGAUCAUCACCAUCAACAUGUUCACUAUACACAACGCUCAGAGCAGAGGAGGAGAUGGUGAGGUGAGGUCUGUUUUACAGGAGCAGACUACAGCUCUGGGUCUGGCCAUGUUCUCUCUGCUGGUCCAGCGCUGCACAGAACUACUGAGAGACACACCUGCAGAGUCCAUCCCCGAGGAGGAGAGAGAAGAUGGGGAUGGGUGGGAGGAGGGGAUGGUGAGAGUUUCUGCCUUCCCAUUGGACCUGAGGGAGCUGCUGCCCAGCGUUAAAGUCUGGUCUGACUGGAUGCUUGGACACCCCGACCAAUGGAAUCCUCCGCCUUGUAGUAUAGAUGGUUGUAGCUCUGGUGUGUGGCGUAGCUUGGCCGACCUGUGUAAUGCGUUGGCUCGUGUCGACCACGGGGAAGCGCCGCUGUACAAGGCAGACGGGGACGGAGGCGAGGGGGAUGAGGAGCUCCGCCUGUUGCUAUUGGAGGAAGACAGGCUACUGGCCGGCUUCGUCCCGCUGCUCGCCGCCCCACAGGAACCCUGCUACAUAGAACUCACCAGGGAUACCGCAAUAGCAGCAGACUGUAAAAGGGUAACAGUGUUGAAGUAUUUCCUGGAGGCUCUGUGUGGACAGGAACAACCUCUUCUGGCCUUCAAGGGAGGGAAGUAUGUCUCCAUGGCAACCUCUCCCCAACCCAGCAUCCCUGGCGACGCCCACAGUCGACACGACUCACUGACCGAGAGAGAGAGCGAUGAUGUCAUCGUGGAGGCGGAGUCGUCUGUUUCCGAGGGGGAUGAGGGCGGGGGCAGCGAAGAUGACAUCAGAGAGCUCCGGGCCAGACGCAGCGCCCUCACUAACAGACUGGCUCAGCAGCAACGACGCAGGGACAAGAUACAGGCGGUGUUACAGACGUGUGGUCAGUUGGAGUUGGAGGUACGUCCUCUUUUCCUGGUUCCAGACACCAAUGGCUUCAUCGACCACCUGACCGGCCUCAAGACGCUGCUGCAUUCUGGGACUUACAUACUGGUGGUGCCCCUCAUAGUGAUAACAGAGUUGGAUGGUCUGGCGAAGGGUCAGGAGAGCUGCGGAGGCUCUGGCGGUGGUCAUGGCGGCGGUGGUUCCCGUGGUAACCCUGGUGCAACUCAUGCGCGGGCGGUCCAGGAGAAGGCCAAGGUUGCCGUGGCGUUUCUGGAGCGAGGGUUCGAGGCCAGAGAGCCCUGUCUCAGAGCACUGACCAGCAGAGGAAGUCAACUGGAGUCUAUCGCCUUCCGCAGUGAAGACACCUCCGGACAACAGGGGAACAAUGAUGAUGUAAUCUUGUCCUGCUGUCUCCACUACUGCAAAGACAAGGCUAAGGACUUCAUGCCUGCAAAGAGAGACGGUCCUGUGCGGUUGCGUCGGGAGGUGGUUCUUCUGACAGAUGACCGUAACCUGCGGGUCAAAGCCCUGACCAGGAAUGUGCCGGUCAGAGACAUCCCCGCAUUCCUCACCUGGGCCAAAGUGGGCUGAACUGGGUCACACCUUCGACCACGCCCAGAGCACCCAAACAACCAAUCAACUGCUGAGAACAGCUGGCCACCUCCCAUACCAUCGAGGUGGAGGAGGAGCCUGUAAGCGAAUGCAGAAGUGAAGACUGAUGGAGAGAAGGAGAAGAAAGCUUUUUUUGUGGAAAAAUGAAAUAUGGAAAGUAAAAAGCAUUUUGUUGUUGUUGUGUGGAAUGAGUUGAAAUAGGCUGAGAUCUUUUUACCCUCUCAUUGUGAUGAGGUGUGUGUGUUUGCCGCUGAGCUCAGGGAGCGGGAGGGAGGAGAGGAGCAAGGAGAGUUUUAAGAGAUGCAGGAAGGCUGGCCCAUGAAGAGAUGUAGAAGACAGAAGGAGGAGAGGUAUUUGUGUUAAUUUCUGGUUUCUUCGGUCCAGCCGUGCGUCUUGUGUAACUUCUGCAGUGCGUUCACAAGGCCAGGUACUGACCUCAGUGGAAACGACAGAGAGGAAGAGAGACAUGGAAUGGAGAGGGACAGGGAGGUUAGGGCUGGAGGACGAAGGGCCAAACCUGACUGAGAAGUGCUACAGUAUCUGUGAGGGUCUGUUUGACUGACAGCUGUCUGGAACCCCAGAGCAGCACAGAGAGAGAGGCUUUGUAUUUUUUUAAUUUAACCUUUAUUUAACUCGGCAAGUCAGUUAAGAACAAAUUCUUAUUUACAAUGAGGGCCUACCCCGGGCCAAACCCUAACCCCGAUGACGCUGGGCCGGUUGUGAUACAGCCUGGAAUCGAACCAGGGUCUGUAGUGACGCCUCCAGCACCGAGAUGCAGUGCUAUAGACCGCAAUGCCACUCGGGGAAGUGGCAGGGGAGCCAGGUUGUAGUAUCGGGGUACCAGCCAGGUUGUAGUUUCAGGGUACCAGCCAGGUUGUAUUAUCAGGGUACCAGCCAGGUUGUAGUAUCGGGGUACCAGCCAGGUUGUAGUAUCGGGGUACCAGCCAGGUUGUAGUAUCGGGGUACCAGCCAGGUUGUAGUAUCGGGGUACCAGCCAGGUUGUAGUAUCGGGGUACCAGCCAGGUUGUAGUAUCGGGGUAGCAGCCAGGUUGUAGUAUCGGGGUAGCAGCCAGGUUGUAGUAUCGGGGUAGCAGCCAGGUUGUAGUAUCGGGGUAGCAGCCAGGUUGUAGUAUCUGGGUACCAGCCAGGUUGUAGUAUCGGGAUACCAGCCAGGUACCUUCAUCUACCCUCCCUCCUCCAGGUCCCCGUGACCCCGAGCCACAUUCUCAGCCUCUGAUGACCCGGAAGUGGUCCGUUUCAGUUCCUGUAAAACCAUGAAGUGAUUUUCAUCCCAGUUGCCCAGCAGCUUGUGUUGACUGAGAGUCUUUCCCAAGGCUUCUGUAAAGAAACAGCUUUAAAGACAAAAAGACAAAGAAAAAAUACUUGGUCUUUUUUAGCAUUGUGUGUGUUGUUUCUGAGUUGGUUGGUGUAUCCAUUGGGAGUGUGUGAUGUUUAUGCUCUACAGAAGAGCUUUUCUGUCAGCAGACGUUCUCACUCACCUACCCUUUUAGUUUGUUGUUUUUAAUGGUUUAAAUAUUAUAAUAAGAUCGAACGUUAGUUUUAGGUCAUUGUAUAUUUUGUGUGUUUUGUUUUCCUUUGUUUUUAUCACCACCUCUGGGUAACUCGUUCAGCUUCUAUAAAUUAUAUAUCUAUGUUCGUUCUAAGUGCAGAACUUUGUGCUGAUCUGUUUCUUUAUGAGUGGCUAAGACCUGGGCUGCGUCCCAAAAUGGUCAAAAGUUGUGUACUAAGCCUAUAAGGAACAGGGUGCCAAUAGGGUGCCAAUAGGGUGCCAAUAGGGUGCCAACAGGGUGCCAAUAGGGUGCCAACAGGGUGCCAAUAGGGUGCCCUACACUGAUCAGACAAUUAACAAUGGAAUUAUCUUUUGUAGCACCACAGUGUGCACACGUUAACAAGCGGGUAUGUGAUGUGUGUGUUUACCACAAACGUGUGUGUCAGAGUGCACACUGUUCUGCACUGCGUCAGACAGACGGGGGGGUCUUUUCACAACCAUAAAAUGUCCCACACAGUAUAAACAAAGAUGACAUCAGUGAACGACGUACCAGAUGUAAUAUGUUUGAUCAGCAUGCUAUAAUGGUUAACUAUGCAUGCUGAUGUUAAAUGUGUUACCAGUUCUAAUCUGUCCUCCAGACGGCACAAGGUAGUUGGUUUAUUAUCCGUCUAUGACAGUAACACACAUAGUUGAGUAAUUUCACAAAGCAUUAAACACCAGUCUUGUAAGCUCAGGUCUAUGAACAACUAUAGAUAGAUUUGGUAUAAAUGCGUUGAUACUCUCAAUCAUUUGAUCUUUACCUUUGUGUGUUGUGUAUUUGCCAAAACCAUAGCUAGUUAACUUGUUGAUCCCACUUGUUUAGGAAUCUUUGAGUGGGUCCCAAUGAUCUCUCCUUUCUCCCAAAGUGUGCACUUGUUCCCUUUUUGUGGGAGGGAUUGGUGAUCGAGUGCGCACUUCAGGAGGAAGGAGAGAUUCCAGGGAUGCUCCCUCCAUCUACUCUCACUGUUCUGUCUAUAUGCUGGAUCCGACCCCAGGCCUGCAUGUACUAUCCCAUCACAAGCCUUUUUCAUUAUUUUCCAUGAGUUGUUUGAUUAAAUGAUUUGUUUUGAUUCAAA